UGGGCAAGCAAAAUUUGAGAGCUUCCUGUCUGAAGGGCAAGCUAGAAUUCAAGUUUUUUCAAAUCUUCUCACAUCUGAUUGAUUUUCUCUUGUGGCACAAUAACAUUUUACAAAAUAAUUAUCAUUACAAGUGUUCACACUUUUCUGAUUGUUGUAAUAGUCUUUUUUCAGGUCAUCAGUGCUCAUAUUUUGUUCGCUUUGUAGGUUUUCGGCAUAUUUCUCUGAGAACAGAACACAACAUGCCACUGCCAUUGGCAACAUUAUUUUGUCAAAUUUCCCUUAAGACGUACAUUCCAGAGAGAUUUACAGCCAUUGUUGAUGAGCUCUCAGAGCCCUUAAAGUACCAAUCUGCUGUUGACAAGCGAGCGGCCCAAAUGGUUGUGUUUGGAAUUGAUGAGGAAGAAGACAGCAAUUUUCCUUCAUUCAUGAAGAUUUCUUCAUCCUCUAAUUCAAUAUCUAAAAUGAAGGCUCCAUCGUCAACCUCCAUCAGCAAUGUGGGCGUGUCUGCAGCCCCGUCACGGACACGGGAGUCUGUUGUGACGCUAAAUUACAGUGGUGCAAGAUCCUCGUCAGAGCUUACGCUGAUUGAGAGUAAUGUGCCCAAGAAACACGACUUCAAAUUUUCUCCAGUUAUUGUGGAAGAAUUGAAGAAAGACAAGACAUUUUUAAAGGUCUUUAAAAGACAUCAGAAAGAAAACGAAGCACUUUUGAAGAGAUACACAAAAGAACGUUUGGCCAUGCAGAGAGUUCAUACUGGACAACUGGAAAAGCUGAUAACAAACUACGAGAAGAUAAAAACCACAGCUAUAAAAACAUUUGAGCGUGCAGUCAAACGAUGUGGGGAAGACAAAUCUGAAGAAUUGCGAAAAGUUCAUGACAGCAAGAUGCUUUAUCUCAACAAAACCCAAACUGACAAGGCAAAGGAAAAAUUAACAAGCCAAACAGAGGAGUGGAUAAAUAUGGUAAACAGACAAGUUGAGGAGGAAAUUGGGUUCUAUGAGCAACAGGCUGAGCUGCAACUGGAAACUUUGAAGAAAGUUAUGGACUCUUCUCAUGAGGCUCAAAUUAAAGAGGUUACUGCAAGACAUGAGAAGGAAAACAGUGAGAUAACAAAGAAACAGACAAAACAGUCAAUGGAAUCUGCUAAAGCCCUUGCACUGGACAAAACUAUCCAGUCUAAAGAGGAGAGAGACAGGAGACAGAGAGAGCUUGAUAAGCAAAAUCUGAAACAAUUUGUUGAUGAAAGGCAGAGGUUGUCAAACAGGCAAGAGAGGGAACUGGAAGAGCUUAAAAAUCAGCACAAAGAAGAGAAGAAGAAUUUAGAAGUUGAAUUUCAGAAGGUUAUGUCAGAGAACAUGGAUGAAAUCAAGACAAAUGGUGAAAAGUCCAGAAAAGCUAUUCACACUGCCUUUCAGACCAUUCUGCCGACCCACUGAGGGCCAUUCACGCUAAAGUAACCUUUUGUACAUUAAUUUAAUGUAUAAUAAUUAUCUACUACUGCAGGCAGUAAACAAGGUUUUGUAACAUAAUAGUAUAAAAUAUGCAAGGGGUAACUAGGCCAGAAACAAUUUGUUGUGCUUUAGUCAGUUUAGAGCCAUAUUUAUAAAACAGGAAACAUGUUAAAAAGUAUUUUAUUGGUUUUAAGAGCCAUGACACGUACAUUGCACCACGUAGAUAUUAUUCUACAGGCCAUGUGUAAGCUCAAAACAUUAAUUCAGCAGACAAUCCUAUUGACAGGUAUGCAUAAUUAUUUUAAUUAGUACAUGCAUAAUUAUGUUAAUUAUGUUAAGUAAGUCAGAGAACUAUAAACUGCUGGUUGUAACAUAACGUAUUUUUAGCCCUAAUGUUCUAGCUACUGGUUUCUGUAUGUGUCGGUUUUUGUACUGUUGGGGGAAUUUACAUUAAUUUUAAUAUCUCCCUUUUCGGGGUCAAUUCCUUCAUGCUAAGAACACGCAUCUUUGAUAAGUUGAAGAGAAGUUUUAUCUGUGGAUCACAAAGUCAAACGUUGCAGGCGUAAGGCUGUGAGCUGCAUUUUGUGAAAUAAACACCAGGCCUUCAAAUAAACACCACUUUCCAUAGGCCAUUUCCGAGUUACAUUGUCUCUCUGUUUUAAAACGAGUCCUCAUGCAAAACAACUCAUGUGAA